UAUCCGCGGGCGCUCUGUCCCUGUCCAGGUUGGAUAGACGGUUCAGGCUGAAUUUGCCGCGGAUGUAGAAGGCUCUUGCAUUCUGGGAAAUGUAGUUUUGUAGCCGCCCCCAAUGUUCUUUUAACAUUUCGGUGACGUUUGCGCAACGUGAUAUCAGGGGCUGGUAGGCUCUGCUUUAUUACAACUUCCGCUCCUUCCCUGUCGCUAAGUGAACGAAGAAACGUUUUUAAAAGGUUCAGGAAGGUUUUCGGGAACGUUUCGUCGGUUGACAGUUUGUAAAAACUUCAAUGGAGCAUGUUAGUGAAGACAAUCACGACUGGCCGGUGCACCGGCGAAUGGACGGUUAUGUGAACAAACAUAUGGCGGACAUUGCUCUGGAAACGCUCCAGCAGAGGCUGUCUGCUGUGUCCGAUGAGAUGCACAGCCUGGCCGACCACGUCUCCAGACGCUCGGGGGAAGAGUUCAAAGACGAGUCGCAGAGAGGGGACAUGAGCUUCUGCGUGGAGCCGCAGCUCUCCUCCGCCGGCAGCUCCGAAGCUGCGGACAGAUUCACUUCAGCCACAUCCACAGAGACUGCUGCUCAGCGGAAGAUCAUCGCCCUGCUGGUGGAAAUCAAAGAGGAGCAGCAGAGGCAGUGGGCAGUGCUGAGGGAUCUUCAGGCCCAGCUGCAUGGCCAGGCUGCCUACGAGGAAGAGGAUGUGGAGGCUCUAGACGUGGACCUCCCCCUGAGGACCCUCGAGCAGCUGGAUGAGAUGGAGAGGCACCUGGAGGACGCAGGGAUACAGAGGAGAAUGGUUUCUUACCUGUCACGGAUGGGCGGGGCUACUGUCGACGACGCGGUGAGACGUCUUAUGCAAGGUGUGCUUUCAUUCGCUGUCGGUUCUGAACUCAACUGGGUGGGCCGCGGACAGAAGAGAAGCUUCAGGAACACUCGACUCCAAGGAGUCCUCUUCCGCGCUCUGAAACGAACACCGGUGGGUAAGGAGGCCACGCAUCACCAGUUUGCCGACGUGGUGAAGAAAUGGCUGCGCUUUGCUCCAUUCAGACAGGGAGGGACCGGCCGUCGCUGCUGCAAACCUCCCGUGGAGUUUCCAGAUUCUGAGGGAACUGACUAAGUUUAACCCGAGCUGCACACGUCUUAUUAUCCGUUAUCCUGACGUACCUAAACAUUCAGGUUUCCACGUAUGUCCACAUAUAAAACAAAAAACACUGUGCAUGAACAGAUUUCUGUUAUGAGGACAAUAUUAUUAUUGUUUUCUGUACAUUCUGGUAUUAAUGUAUUAAUAGUGCAAAUGUGUCCUUUAAAGGGCUGACCGUGGAGACAUUUUGUCAAAUGAAAGGAAACCAGGCAGUGGUGCCUUUUGGAGCCUCACAGGAAAACUUCAUGCAAAAGGCGAAUGUUCUUUUUUUAAAAUAUGGGUCAGUGCACAUCAGCCACAACAGCUGUUUUUAAACAGACACGGUGUCCUGAAAUGAGCAAAUGCAUGAAUUUUUCUGUCCGUUAAAUUGUUUCACUUCCUGUACACCAUCAUUUUCUCCCCUCUUUUCUCCCCUCAUGCUGCUUUGUAACUCCAGCGAGGGUUGUUUUUACAGCGGGUGUUCACAGUUUGUACUGUAGGGGGCGACCAGAUCAAAGCAUUUGUCCAGCCUCCUGAGGUCCUGUCAUCCUCUGCCUUAAGACAGGCCGUCACUUUUAACAGUAUUGAAGAGUGUGUGUAGUUUUCACGAACACAUUCAAAUGAGCCACAGACGAGAAUAGCUGAGUCGUCAUUUGUUAAUAUUUUUAUAUGCUUUGUGGAUUCUUUUACAUUUUGUCUGCUUAGAUUAUUUAUGUCAGAUUUCAGGAAAGGUACACAGUGACCUGAUGCCAGCACUACUCGUCAUGCCAUGUCAUGUUAUCAGUAUUUACCUUCAGAGCGUUUCUUUGUCUUUAGGAUGUGAAGAGUAACUGUCUCACUAAAGCAAACUAUUAUUUAUUACUUUUAAUGUUCAUACAUUUCCGCAGCAGAUAGGUAUAGCUGCAGAUUACUUCAUGUCAGUAUUACACCAUUUACAGCAUUCACGUCAGGCAGCUAGCUUGUCAUCUGUGCUCAUUUUGAGGCAUUAAUCACACGUUUGUUGAGGGGGGUGAGAGAUUAGUAAAAAACGAUGUUGGUUAUAGCCUUACACACAGGACAUACACAGGUUGAGUUGACUAGGUAAGAAAAAGACUGUUACACCAUGUAAAAUGUUUGUCUUUAUAAUAUGCUGACGUUCUAAUAUUCUUACUUUAAUGUGUUGAUCAUUUUCUGAUGAUUGCUCACUUUUUUUUUGUUCAGUUUCAGUUCUUAAUUUCAGAGUGAAGGAGCUGGUUCAAUGUAACUGUGUUUCCAAUUAUAAACCAAGCUGAACUUGU